AUGUUAAGAUUUGAAAUGUAUGUGGAAUCGUUUAAAAACACGUUCGCUGUUGAUGUCUUGGAAUAUUUCAAUCUAGUAACGAUUGAAGAAGAGAUUCCAGACAUUAACGCUGUUGAACAAAGAGUGAACCCAUCGGACGGUUCAGUGGAAACCAAAAAGGAAAAUGAUGAACAAGAAUCUUUCCAAGUUAGCUCGGAUUUUGAGUCGUUAAAUAAUGCAGAGAAACCAAUAGUCGAUAUUGAAGCGGGUUCAGCAGAUGAAGAAUCACAAAAACAAAAAACCGUGGAAGAAAGAGACCCAUUUCUAUUAGAAUGGGAUGAUCCAAGUGAUCCUGAUUUCCCAGUUAACUGGUCUAAAAAGAAAAGAGGUGCUAUUCUUCUACAAAUUAUGUUAUUAACAAGUGUGACAUAUAUGGGUUCGUCAAUUUACACACCGGGACAAUUGCAAAUUCAAAGUGAGUUCGGUGUAGGGCAUGUUGUCGCUACAUUAAAUUUAUCAUUAUACGUUCUAGGAUAUGGUUUAGGUCCAUUAAUAUUCUCACCUCUAUCUGAGUUUUCAUUACUAGGUCGUCAGCACUUGUACACGGUCACGUUAUUCAUUUUCACUAUUCUACAAAUCGGAUGCGCUACUGUGCAUAAUUUUGGUGGUCUAGUAGUUUUACGUUUCCUCAGCGGAGUGUUCUGUUCGCCAUCCCUGAGUACCGGUGGUGCUUCCAUUUCUGAUAUAUUGGCCCCAGAGGUUGUCCCAUUGUUCUUAGGUUUAUGGGCAGUUGGUGCAAUUUCUGCACCAGUGCUAGCCCCAUUAUUGGGUGCUGCCAUGGUUGUUGCUGAAGACUGGAGAUGGAUCUUUUGGUUUCUAUUAUGGCUAUGUGCAUUCACAUUAGUUUUACUAAUGCUAUUCAUGCCGGAAACUCAUCAUGGCAAUAUUUUGUAUCGUCGUGCAAGAAGAUUAAGGAAGCAAACUGGAGAUGACAGAUGGUCCACUGCAAGCGCAGAGAAAGAGAAAAAAUUAGAAUUAGGUGCCUUCCUUUUAACUGCUGUUUACAAGCCAGUCAAGAUAAUCAUGAGGGAACCUAUUAUCGCAGCUAUUGAUGCAUACAUUGCUUUAAUUUAUGGUAUUUUCUAUCUAUUUUUCGAAGCUUUCCCAUUAGUGUUUGGGGGUAUCUACAAUUUUACUUUAGUCGAAAGCGGGUUAGCUUUCCUUGGGUUCCAGGUUGGUUGUGUGAUUAUCUAUCCAUUUUACAUUAUAUUUCUAGCCAAAUAUAUUGCUCCAAAAAUGCAAAAUCAAACUUUUGUUCCAGAAGAUUUCUUGGUGAUGACUAUGAUUGUUGCUUUCUUUUUACCAGCUGCGCUAUUUAUUUUCGGCUGGACCGCUGGUAUUCAUUGGAUGUUACCAAUAUUUGCUGAAGUUUUAUUUGUGAUCAACUCAUUUGGUUUAUUCCAAAGUACUUUCGCUUACAUGGCCCUCAGUUUCCCUGAUCACGUUGCCUCCGUCUUUGCUGGUAAUGGUUUAGCGCGUGCAGGUUUUGCAUGCGCAUUCCCAUUAUUCGGACAAGCCAUGUACAAUAACUUGGGAAGCGAGAAAUAUCCAGUUGGUUGGGGUUCUUCAUUGUUAGGUUUUAUCUCUAUUGGUAUGAGUGUAAUACCAUUUUUGCUUUACAAAUAUGGUGCAGUUUUACGUAGUAAGUCUAAGUUUACUGACUAG